UAUCGAGGUUGCGCUAAAAGAAAAGAGGAGGGUCUACGGGGGAGUCGUUUUAUUUAUUUCUUUGUUUCCAGUAAAAUAAUAAUAGUGAUACAUUUUUAUUAUUAUUAUUAUUAUUAUUUUUUUAAUUGCCAGUCAAAAAAAAGUGGAAAGUGUUACUGGGGGGUAUAGAGGCCCGAAGCGAAGGGGAGGAGGAUGAAGCGGCGCAAUGCGGACUGCAGCAAACUCCGGCGGCCGUUAAAACGGAACCGAAUCACCGAGGGCAUCUACGGCAGCACCUUCUUGUACCUUAAGUUCCUGGUUGUCUGGGCGCUGGUGUUGUUGGCGGAUUUCGUCCUGGAGUUCAGAUUCGAAUAUCUGUGGCCAUUCUGGCUGUUUAUCAGAAGUGUUUAUGAUUCCUUCAGGUACCAGGGUCUGGCAUUUUCAGUGUUUUUUGUUUGUGUAGCAUUCACGUCAGAUAUAAUAUGCCUACUCUUCAUACCUGUACAAUGGCUGUUCUUUGCUGCCAGUACGUACGUUUGGGUACAGUAUGUGUGGCACACAGAAAGGGGAGUAUGUUUACCCACAGUAUCACUAUGGAUACUGUUUGUUUAUAUAGAAGCUGCAAUCAGAUUUAAAGAUCUGAAAAAUUUUCAUGUGGAUUUAUGUCGUCCUUUUGCUGCACACUGCAUUGGGUAUCCUGUUGUCACACUGGGCUUUGGUUUCAAAAGUUAUGUCAGCUACAAGAUGCGAUUAAGAAAACAAAAGGAAGUGCAGAAAGAGAAUGAGUUUUAUAUGCAGCUUCUUCAGCAGGCUUUGCCUCCAGAACAGCAGAUGCUUCAGAGGCAGGAGAGGGAAGCAGAGGAAGCUGCAGCAGCCAAAGGGAUCUCAGAAGUGGAUUCCACGCUGAUUUCACAGCAGAAUGGGGCAAUCCCAGCCAGUAAAAAACUGGUCACAACAUUACCAGAACUUGAAUACAGAGAAAAAGGGAAAGACAAGGACAAAGAUGCCAAAAAACAGAACCUUGGAAUAAAUAACAAUAUUUUACAAUCCGUAGACUCUAAAGUACAAGAAAUUGAAUACAUGGAAAAUCAUAUCAAUAGUAAGAGAUUGAAUAACGAUCUCGUGGGGAGUACAGAAAACCUGUUGAAAGAGGAGCUUUGUCUGGCCUCCUCGAAAAACUACAAGAACGGCAGCGGGACAGGCAACUCGUCUCCUCGCAGCCACAGUGCGUCCAAUGGGAGUAUUCCCUCGUCUUCGUCCAAUAAGAACGAGAAGAAACAGAAGAUCACCAGCAAGAGUCCGAGCACUCACAAGGAUUUAAUGGAAAACUGUAUACCUAAUAACCAGCUGAGCAAACCUGAUACACUAGUUCGUUCUUCUUUCACAAGGCUGGAGCAGGAUAUAAAGAAGCUGAAGGCAGACCUGCAGGCCAGCAGACAGGUUGAACAGGAGCUACGCAGCCAGAUCAGCUCGUUGAGCACCACAGAGCGCAGUAUCCGUUCCGAGUUGGGUCAGCUUCGUCAGGAGAACGAGCUGCUGCAGAACAAGUUGCACAAUGCUGUACAGGCGAAACAGAAAGAUAAACAGACUGUCAGCCAGUUGGAGAAGAGGCUGAAAAUGGAGCAGGAAGCGCGGGCUAUUGCAGAGAAGCAACUGGCAGAGGAAAAGAAACGAAAGAAACUUGAGGAGGCAACAGCGGCACGAGCAGUGGCACUUGCUGCUGCUACCAGAGGGGAGUGCACAGAAACACUCAGGAAUCGCAUCAGGGAGCUGGAGACAGAGUGUAAAAAAUUAACAAUCGAUAUGAAAGUCAAAGAGGAGCAGAUCCGAGAUUUAGAAAUGAAAGUGCAGGAACUACGGAAAUACAAAGAAAAUGAAAAAGAUACAGAAGUGUUGAUGUCGGCUCUUUCAGCCAUGCAAGAUAAAACGCAGCACUUAGAAAACAGCUUGAGCGCAGAAACCAGGAUUAAACUGGACUUGUUCUCCGCACUAGGGGAUGCCAAACGACAGCUUGAAAUUGCACAAGGGCAAAUAAUCCAGAAAGACCAGGAGAUCAAGGACCUGAAACAAAAGAUUGCCGAGGUGAUGGCAGUGAUGCCCAGCAUUACAUACAGUACAGACACCAACAACCUGAACCCUGUCACCCCACACUACUCCUCCAAGUUCAUGGAUACUAGCCCCUCCGGACUGGAUCCAAACGCCUCCGUUUACCAGCCCCUGAAGAAAUGAAUGCAGCCUUUCUCUUUGCCCUGUUGAAGAGUUUUGGUUUUUUGACUUUUUUUUUUUUUUUUUUUUUUUUUUUUCUGGUCAAGAAGACAUUGUAUUGUGUGACUGUAUUUGUUGUAGUUAAAACACACAAAAAAAAAAAAAAAAAAAAAAAAAAUGACAGCACAUGUCGACUAGAACUGCCCAAUGGUUUGUUUCUUGUAAAUUUCUAGAUAACCUCACAGAACUUGGCAUAUUUGUUUUGGUCAGUGCAUUGCUGCUUAAAGUUGUUUUGUUUUGUUUUUUUUCUCCUCUCCUUGGUCACCCAUUUUGCCUUUGUUUCUCUUUUAACUUGGUUUCCUCUUAAAGGAAAAAAAAAAAACAUAGUUGCAUCUUUCUACACUCUCUCUUCUGAUCUGUUCUGGGUAAGUGUAUAAAUCUUUAUCUGUGAACUUUAAAAAGAAUAGUGUCUAAAGUGCAACAUGGCACCCUUUCUGUUUAUACUCUUUAUAGUCUCUCUGUCAAGAGAACUAUAAUUUAAAUACAAAGGAUUCAAGAUCAAGGGUAGAACUUGCAUGACCGGACUUAGAUUGGCCAGAUAGAGGAAUGGUAAACCCUGUGUCCAAGAAGCUUAAUAGUAUUCUCAUUGUUUUAAACUAGAGCACUUCAGUUCAUCUAAGAUCUGUACAAGUUGAAGUCAAUUUAAAGAUCCAACAGUGGUAUACAUAAUAAGCUGAGGCAGGCUCUUGAAAUUCCAUACCACAGUUUUUAUAAAAAGGUUUCAGAUCAAAAACGGAUGAAGAUUUGAUGAGAAGCGAGAUGUGUGAAGAAUGUCAUUCCUUUACGCAAAAAUAUACAGAUCACCGCUUACUGGACUAAUCGGAUUGAGAGGUACCUUUCAAGUCGUAAAGUGGGAAUAACUAUGAUAUUGAAAUGGAGGGUGCUGAAUCUACUUGGGCUGUUUCUAGUUACUGAGUUGGUAAUUGUCUUUUUGACAGUGCCUUGAAAAUAGAAAUGUUUCAAGAGAAAAGUGCUUGGUUCUCAGUCUCCUUUUCAAGUAUACCACAGUCUACUGCAGUCUGGACACAAAACUAUAGCAUGACUGCUUCCUUUGUUUAAAUUGUAUUAUUAUUAUUAUUAUUUGUCUGAAAGAUGUUGCAUCCUACAAGGCAUGAUGUGAAAAAGGGAAACAAACAUUUAAUUUAAGAUGGGUUUUAGUGCAAUUUCUAGGCUUUUGACCUGCCAAGUACAAUUUGCAUUUCUAGCAUUUUUUUUUUCAGUGUGUUUUAAGGUUAGCUUCAACUUCUGUUUGUAAGCAUCUUUUAUUACAGCUGAAUACUGGGUUCAGCUUUUGUGCCAAGAAAAUACUUUAUUUUCCUGAAAUGUUUUCAUACAUGGGUGUAAAAGUUAAAUGUAUUACAAAUACAUUGGCAAGAGUCGCUGAUAAUAGUUAAUUAAAGGUGUUACACUUGGAAAAAUAUACGUUACUUAAAUUUCAAAGAGAAGCAAUACUGAACCAUAGACUCUGCCACGCAUUUGCAGUAGACUAACGAUUUGACAGUGUUUUGUUUUUUUGUUUAAAUGGUAUUGUAUACAUUGUGUAUUUGUCACCAUGGAAAAGUGUUGCGGAAUUCAGUCGUUCUUGGGUUCUUGAAGCUUUGUGCAGAACUUGGAAUAUUGUCACUGACUUAAUGCUGAGGGUAAAUCCUUUUCUUUCUUUUUGUUCGGCUGCCAUUUCAGCGUGUUUCUUUAUAUAACUGAUCUUCGCUGCAUUCUUUUUCUGUGGGGUUUACAAGGAAUAAACAUUUUCUUGCAGAUGA